GCAGAGUAGGUCACAUUGAAUAUAACAAACAUCUUAUCACUGUGUCGAAAUGCGUUAGGCAGUUUACGUAAUAAGUAAAAUAUGUCAAUUUACAAUCAGAAGCAGCGAUUGAAAAUCAACUAAAAAUAACUUGUUUCUUAGAUCAUUAAAUAAAAACACUAUAGUGUUUUUAUUCAAUGGUUAGAUUUGGUUCACUUUCGAGAAACCUAAAAUUCCUAUCAGUUGACCUAUCGAGUGUAAUUGUGAAAUGAUUACAUUGGCUAUAUAAGCUCCAGCUCCAAAUUUUCUGUUUAUAACAGUUUAAAAUGAAAUCGAUUGCUUUGGCCAUCUUCCUACUUCUAGUAGGAAUAGUUAACGUAAAGGGUGACGAUGGUGAUACAACUACCAUUUGGGAGGAUUUACUCGAAAACAAAUGUAAAAAGGCCGGUAUUGCCGACCCUCUUAUGGGAUUUUACGAGACGCUAUCCACAACUUUAGACUGUUUGGAAGUUCAAAAUAUGACAUCUCACUAUGCCAAGUUUGGUCCCACUGAAGCGGUGUGUGAAGGUUUCCCUAAAAAUGUUCGCGGAUGCUUUAAAGUCGCAGUAGACAACGUAGCAAAGUGCUUGGAGACCGAAGAAAAAUAUUUACCCAACUUCAUAUUUGAAGCGCUUGAUAACUUUAUUGACUUAAUAUGUGUAGACAAAUUUGUAGAAUCAUUGGAUAAAUCAAGCUUCACUCAGUGCAUGAAAGAUAUUUCGCAAAGUAAGUUUAUGGAAACUUGUAAAGAAAAUCGUUUAUUGAAAUCACUGCCAGAGAAACAUAUUGUUAUCCCUCAGAAAUCUGAAUUGUGCAGUGACCUAAAAGAGUUUCACGACUGCUUCGAAGAUAAUUUGAAGCAGACAUGCACCGGAGACAAUAUUGCUAUAACCCUUUUAAAUAAAUUAUACAAAGCUAUUUCGCCUUCGUGCAAUAAAGAAGAAGAAACCUCAACUUGAAGAAAUUUGCUUGUGAAAAAUAAUAACUAAAUAAUAACUACUACGUUGUUAUAUAAUUAAUUAAGGGAAAUAAGGAAAAACGAAUUUACUCUAAACAAGCAAAUAAAUUUUUGUUAACUGCG